GUUGGCUAGGCAUGGUUGUCGCGGUAGUUGUGGAGUGAGAGAUGUUCUCUGGUCUUAUACGAAAGUGACAUAAACAGUUAUUGGAGCAGUAGAGUAUUUAUUCGGAAAGGGCCUGCCGUUCACACAUUUCAAGAAUGAGCCCGUGGAAGCUAGUUUGGUGCCUAUUUUACUUGGCAGUGCUAACCUCUCUGGCAGCGCUGUCCUGCCAAGCGCAGAACGCGGACGAGUCCGUCGAUGCGAAGAUCUCCGAGUUUUUCAGAUCUGGUCACACCAACAACUGGGCCGUUCUGGUGUGCACAUCAAGAUUUUGGUUCAACUACCGGCAUGUCGCGAAUGUGCUGUCCAUCUACCGAAGCGUCAAGCGUUUCGGCAUUCCGGACAGCCAGAUAAUAUUGAUGAUCGCCGAUGAUAUGCCUUGCAACCUCCGCAAUCCGAAACCGGCGACUGUGUUCAAUAAUGCUCACCACCACAUCAACGUCUACGGCGACAACGUGGAAGUCGAUUAUAGGGGAUACGAGGUCACAGUGGAGAACUUCAUUCGUAUACUGACAGGGCGCCUGCCUGCCAACACUCCACGUUCGAAGCGGCUUCUUACGGAUGAGUAUAGCAACAUUCUGAUCUACAUGACAGGCCAUGGUGGGGAUGGAUUUCUCAAGUUUCAGGAUUCUGAAGAAGUCACAAAUGUUGAGCUGGCGGAUGCAUUUGAGCAGAUGUGGCAAAAACGGAGGUACCAUGAGAUUUUCUUCAUGAUUGACACAUGCCAGGCAGAGUCCAUGUUUAAGCGUUUUUAUUCGCCCAAUAUUCUUGCUGUGGCCAGCAGCAAGAUUGGUGAAGACUCGCUCUCGCACCAUGGUGACCCGACAAUAGGAGUAUAUGUCAUUGAUAGGUACACAUACUAUGCACUCAUGUUCCUUGAGGAGGUCAACACCAACAACACCAAGACUAUGGCCCAGUUUUUGCGUGUCUGUCCCAAGUCAGUGUGCAUCUCGACAGCGGUGUCACGCAAGGACUUAUUCACACGUAACCUGGAUCAAGUGCCCCUGACAGACUUUUUCGGGAGUGUGCGGAAUGUUGAACUCACUCAACAGAAGGUCUCACUGAAACCCCUGCCACCAUCGAACUCAUUUCUAGGCAAACCACAAGAAAAAAACAUCACUGUCAACCAGAAGCAAGGCUGGCAAAAAAUUAGGCAGUUUUCGUUCCUUUCAUAGCGAAGCCACGUGAACUUGGGGGAUGUCUGCGCAAUGACCAAGGAUAGGUCAUCGCUAUUUCAUUGUACAGUCAUGCACAAACUGUAGAUAAGCACACUUGUACCAGCUUGCAAGUUAUGAUAUUUAAUAAAAAAAAUGGAACUAUCA